AUCAUCAAUUGGUGCCGCAGUUGCAACAGCAGUUGAUGGUGAGGGUGACAAGUCCUCUCCCUGUGAUUUCGACCCACCUUUCUCCCUACACAACUCCACAAAAAUGGUCUCUCAUAGCAAUGAGGACCUUAUUGACUAUGUGGAUGAUAAUGGCCUUUCCACCAAUGGCGCAGCAGUACCAUCAUCAAAGGGUGCUGCAGAUGCAACAGCAAUGGAUGUCGAGGGUGACAAUACAAAGAAAAUCUUUCCUAUGAUUCACUCGACGGGAUUCAGGGAUUUCGUAUUGAAACCUGAACUUCUUCGAGCUAUCAGAGACUUGGAUUUUGAGCAUCAGCCAUCUGAGUGAAAACUUUUCUCAAAUCCCAGAGAUGCAGUGGUCGUUUGGUUACGCUUCGAUUUUUGAGGGCUCGUGAGUUCAUGAUUUUUGAGAUUGAGCCGAGUGUAUGCUUUAGUAUAGCGGUUCAUGCAUUAGCCUCGUUCCAGGUGCGUUUCGUAAAGAAAUUGGGGAGAGAGAAAAGGUGUUGUCAGCGUGGAAAUAGCAUGACGAAGCGACGGCAGUAAACUUACGCUCGAGCCGAGACUGUAAAUCAAGGAGGAACAGGAGGAACACAUAAAUGCAAUCCAGUGUCCACGGUGAAACCAUCCCUUUUGCAUACAAGAUCGCUCUGCCAUAAAGUUCUAUAUCAUAAUUGUUCGGUAAUGUGUGUGGUGGCAAAAAUCUAUUGUUGAG